GCUAUUCAACGUAUUGUUUCGCAGAUGUGGGGAGCACACUCCCGUCUGUGGCGAAAGGGCGGCGGUGGUUUGAAGCCGAGAAAGAGGGAGAUGAGGAGGAAUAUGUCGGGUUGAGGACGUCUCUUUGUGCUCACGACAGCGAAACUCAUAUCGGUGUGUCUCUUCAGCGACCUCCUAGCUUACUUCUUCUCACCUUUCCCACCACUGUCGAGGUAGUCAUGGCGACCAGCGCACUGCCAAGUGACAACCUGCCAACGUACAAGCUGGUGGUGGUGGGGGAUGGGGGUGUCGGGAAGAGCGCUCUGACCAUCCAGUUUUUCCAGAAGAUCUUUGUGCCGGACUAUGAUCCCACGAUAGAGGACUCGUAUCUGAAACACACAGAGAUAGACGGACAGUGGGCCAUACUGGAUGUGCUGGACACAGCGGGCCAGGAGGAGUUCAGUGCGAUGAGGGAGCAGUACAUGAGGACAGGAGACGGAUUCCUCAUUGUCUUCUCUGUGACGGACAAGGCCAGCUUUGAACACGUCGACCGAUUCCAUCAACUCAUACUACGGGUCAAAGACAGGGAGGCAUUCCCCAUGGUGCUUGUUGCAAACAAAGUGGACUUGGUCCAUCUGAGAAAGAUCACUACCGACCAGGGCCAUGAGAUGGCUGCCAAACAUAGCAUAACUUAUAUUGAAACCAGUGCCAAGGAUCCUCCAAUGAAUGUGGACAAAGCCUUUCAUGAGCUGGUCCGUGUUAUAAGACAACAGGUGCCAGAACGAAACCAGAAGAAGAAAAAGAAGAUGAAAUGGAGAGCAGAACGUUCAGCCGGUACCCACAGGUUCCACUGCGCCAUAUUGUGACCUCCCUCGUCCUGUUUACCAUUCGUAACACCCACAAACACAUCCACACGCACGCCCACGUACCUUUGGAUGUCAGGGAACUCCCCAGCAGUGGUUAACUACUGGAGCACAAAAAAGAGGGGGAUGCCUGGAAGGAGGAGUGAAUCUAAAAGUGUGGGACUCUUCACAAUGCCUUUGAAGGAGCGCUGUGCCCUCUCUCCUCAAUUUAUGGUCCCUUUUUUAAGGUCUAUACAUCCCUCCCAUCCUCUAUUACUAACACAGAACAGUUUCAAAAUGAGGUGUCAUUCUUUUUUUUCAUUACAAAUGAGCCACUAGAUGAAGGAAUCUGGGGGAAAAUGAUAUUGAAACUUUUGUCUUCUUGAAAAAGGAAGACAAAGGGAGGACCCGGCUCAUUGGCGCCUUGUUUUUUCUCCCGACAAACUAAUGGUUUUCACCUCUAUAUCCUCACACUCCUACGAUAUCUGGAAGGAAAGCACCUGUGUGAUUUUUAGAUAAGUUUAUCAUAAGGGCAUAGUGGAAGAAUUUUAGAGUGGUGAUGGUAAAUUAGGGAGUCACUUGGCGUUGUCGGCUGGCAAACUGUCAGUGUGGCGGAACACUUUGUGGUCAUGUGAUGCUCCGGUUUGGAGAGUGUCGGAUCAGAGAGGGACGGAAGGACGUGUCGUAGCAAGCGAAGAGAAGAGGACGUGAUUAGAUAACGUGUUUCAUAUCGGUCCACAGGUGAGAUCUGUGGUCAUAUCAGCGCGUGGAAUAAGUGUUUAAAUAUUGUAAUUGUAAAGGAGAGUGAGAUCAGUUAAUGUGGUUACAAUUUAACAUCAACAUUGCAGGGUUUAUACCAACACUGAUGUGUCAGCGGCCAUGUUUACAGACUUAUUAAUGGGUUAUUUCCUCAUCACAAAAUCACACAGUAUAUCAGAGCCAUUUUUAAGUGUUUGAAAUAAUUAUUUAGGUUGCCUCUUCAGCCAUCAGCAAUGGCAUGAGUGCAGUCUUUAUCAGUACUGUACGGACAAUAUCCCUGUUAGUCUCUUUUUUUAAAGUCUUAAAACAAGUGAUUUCCAUGUUUUUGUAUCAAAAAAUAUAGAAAAAUGACAGUUAUAUUUGUGAUAUUAAAAAAUAUAAUCAUACGUGGCAAUGUAAACAAAUUCAAUGCUGUUUUAAAAAGAGAUCUGUUUGCGAACAUUAACAAAAUAUAAUAGAAAAGGGAUAACGAGAGCGGCGCGUUUCUGAUCUGAAGCCGGCUGGAGAAGCUGAUUUGCACUGGCCACUAACCAAAAUAAUGUGAUGUCACUUUAUUUCAUCUAGGGGGCUUUUUUCAGACCGCACCGCUGAAUUCAGGACAAUGAAUCAUGCUCAGCAAAGGAGAACACUCAUUUUUAGGUUUGGGGAUACAUUCAUACUGUAGCCCUGGGAAUGCAUCAGGCUGUGUGCGAGGCAUCGGGGGCUUAAAGCCAUUUAAAUCUAGCUAAUUGUAGGAGAAGAGACACACUCCAAGCAACAAGACAUUCAGUAUAUCCAUGUCUGUCAUCAUGAGGUGGAUAAAAAAUGUACAUUUGAAUAACCUAUGAAAUGGCUUGUACUGUUAACGCACUAAAAGUUUCGGUGGACAACUUUUCUUUUGUCUGGAUGAAUACCGUCUCUUUAAGGAAAUACAUUUUUGCACUUUUAAUACUAUUUCAGACUUUCCUAUUGGCAUGUUGUUUUCUGUUCAAAAACCUGUAAGUGAAAAUGAAAGGCACGGUUUAAAAAAAAUGAUUUGAAUGUAAAAUGGAAUAUCAAAACAAGCAAAUAGGCAAUUAGUGUUUUAGCGCUGUGUGCCUGUGUCUAUGCCUUUGUGUUGAUUGUGACAGAUUAAAUCAAUCCUGAUUUAAUCAUUGGAAAGGUAUUGAAGCAAAAGUUCAUGUUACUUUGAAAGUAAGGAGGUUGAGUAUGAAAAAACUCAGUUAUUGAGUGGCAUACAAAUUCACCUCAGCAUGAAAGUGGAAAAUCAACCUCAGCAAAAGAAGGACCGGUAUAAAUCUACAUCUACUGUUAAAGGGACUCCGAAGACUUCCAAGGGUCGAUCAUUGAGCAAUGAAGCAAACUCUGGAUCGUGGGGGAGGGGAAAAAACAAAAAAACAAAAACCCUGAAUGUGUUUGAUGAAAAUGUUGCAUCAUGUAUGUUUGAUACCAUUUUGUAUAAUUGAUAUGAAUUAUUGAUAUGAUUCUUGCAAAGUGUUUUUUAAACAACUGAAUAAUUUAUUACUGUCUAUGUUACCUCAGCGUGUCCCAGACCUGGACAAAAAGGACAUUUUGUCGACCAAUUUGCCACUUUAGAUGUUUAUUUGGUGAAUGUCAAAUAACUUAAAGGAGCAGUUUAACUUUUUGGGAAUCCUUAUUGACGUUCUUGCUGAAAGUUACAUUGAUACGUUACAUUUUAAGAUACAGCCAGCAGUUGUUAGGUUAGCUUAGCCUAGAUUUGCGACUGGAAACAGAUCAGGCUCUGUGUUCAAAUUUAAAAAUUAGCCAACCAACACCUCUCAAGAUCAGUGAGCGUGUUAUUUUUUAUUAUUUAUAUCUUCAAGUUGUGUAUUUAUUUCUUAUUUCUUAGGCUAGCCGUCACUCUGGCUAACUUUAUGUUUAGUGUAGACACAAGAGUAGUAGCUAUCUUCUCUUCUAACUCUCAGCAGAAAAGUUAAUAAAUAAUUUCCAACAAUGUCGCACAGUUCCUUGAACCGGACUGGACUUGUUCUCGGCCAAUUUAACUUUUUGACUCAGUUCUAGGCUUAUUUUACUUUUUGUUUUAGGGUCCAAAAUACAGUGCAAAAUUGGAAAGUUACCUUUCUUGAAUGAAUCAUUGUGGCUGGUACAAAGAAACCUGCUGAUUUCUUCACAUUUCAGGCAGACCAAAUACAAAAUGCUGAAAGUGAAUUUAGCGUAUAGAUUAUUAGACCCCUGGAUUAUAUGUGAGCUAAAUUGAGCACUUUUGUUUCAUUAAAUGGAAAGGUAGCAUUCUUUCUCAAAAAGUACACCAAGUUUUGUUAUUAUGCAAUUAAUUUGAGUCGUGUAUGUCCUGGAUUUUUUGUCAGUAUUUGGCAGUAAGGGCCUUUUUAGGUCUGGAUCACAAAAAAACUAAACAUUUAUGGUGUUACACCAGUUGUGUAUGUGUGUUUUUGGACAGGUCUGUUGUGUUCUAACUGGCUGUGUCAGACUGAGGAGCUAGACGAGGCACAAACAAACUGUGGCCUUUUAUAUCUAGCCUCAGGGGUCGAUUAUAUUUCAAUAAAGAAAUACAAGUAUUGUGACUUUA